CAAGUACAGACCGUCCUGACCCACAGAGCCACGCGACGCAAAGAUGAGACCGUCCGGCGGAGUUCUAUACCUGUUCCUGGCGCUAGCUUUGGUCCGUGCUGCGCCUGGCCACCCGCUAGCGAGACGGUCUAUUGUCGUUGAUUACAACAUCAAGGAUGUUGCGGAUGCAGCGAAUCCAGACUCGAACAUCAAAGACAUGAUGAACAACGUACUUCAGGAAGCUUUAGACAGCCCCGGCGUACUGCCCAUGUUUGUUCACACUACUACGGUUGGGCAUGCCCUACGUGCUGACGUCACCGGAAAUGACGACACCGGAGACGUCACCUCACCAGGUCCAGGUGAUGCUGACCCUGAAAGAGCAUCUGCCGACUCCGUGACCUUGUCGUGAAGAAACUGAUGUAGGACCCGGUCAAGGUCAUCGGGCCAGACCACUGAGGAUCUUAGAGGGGUGUGUUAUGGUUGAAAACUGAUUUCUUCAUUUCUGACGACAUAGGUCGGUUAGCAAGUUUAAAAUUAUUGACCAACAAACUAACGGAUUCAAAACAUAAGAGGGUCUGCAUGGGGUUCCUGACAACGAUUUACGCUAAAUUCGGGAUGGCUGACUACGUUAGAUUCACGAAGGCUACCUACGUUUUACGCUUCAUCCCACUACGAAUUACGUAAAAUAAAAUAGCUUCUCUACGAAUUACGGGAAAUUAAAAAGGCCUGCCUACGCCUUACGGAAAAGAGCAUGCAGACCCUCACAUAAGAAAAACAGUGGAUACCAUCUGAAACGUCUGACCGUUUUCAAAACGUAUCCAGUGACUUGAGUAACGUUUGUAUUGAGUAUGUCAUUGAGCAUAAAGCUGUAUAAUAAGGACUCUAAGACUUUCU